UGUCAUUUUCCUUUCGUACCGCGUUCAUACCGAUUUAUCAUUCAUUUCGUAAGUUAAUUUUUCAAUUUGUUUUUUUUAUCGUCGGUGUCUCCGUUUGAAAAUACACUGACCGCAUUUGUUAGAAGUGGUCGAUACUAACGAGAACGAAGUAACGUGGAAGGUAAUCAAGCGUGAAUAUCUUGUCUGUUUGAAAACUACGGAUUUUGCCAUGACGACAGAAGAAAAGUUUCACGCGGCCGUUAAUGUGAUCAGAAGUCUGCCAAAGAAUGGGGCAUAUCAACCUAGCAAUGAAAUUAUGUUACGUUUUUAUGCAUACUUUAAACAAGCAACAGAGGGGCCAUGCCAACAGCCAAAGCCUGCUUUCUGGGAAGUGGUUAAGAAAGCAAAGUGGGAUGCUUGGACACGUUUAGGCAAUAUGAGUAAAACAGAAGCUAUGAACAAUUAUGUGGAAGAAUUGAAAAAGAUUGUUGAAACAAUGUCUUACACAGACAAAGUGGCUACUUUUCUGGGCAGUUUAGACACAUUUUAUGAAAGUGUUCCAGCAGAGGAUUUGGAAUUACUUGUUGGGCCUGUUUUAGAACGUAUACGUUCACAACCUGGCUCACCAUUGUCUGGUUCACCUUUGGCAUCUAGAGAAACAUCACCACACAGAGUUUGCAAUGUGACUCGACACAUUGUAAGUAGUUUGGAAACUAGCCCAGCUAGUAGCAACAGUGCAAGUCCAUUACCACCAGAUACGGAUGGAGAAGAAGAAGAAUUUAUAGAUACCGUUGAAUCAGCUCCAGAACGGUCACAGAAGGAAACGAUAAAAACUUCCACUUCCACUCAAAAAGUAUCUAAUGGAUUGAAUGUUACUAACGAUAAAAUUAGCGAGUCGGUUGUUUCAAAGGAGAAUCCUUCGGAAUCAACCAAUGGAUAUGUCAAUGUGAAUAACUGCACAGAGCCAGUUACAGACACUAAACAAGAAAGAGGCCGACAACGGAGUAAAAAAGAUGAAAAAUGCAAUGCUGAGUUUUUCAAUCAGAUAGCUACAACAAUGCAAAAUUUGCAACGAGAUUUAGAUAGAAUAACAGCUAGAGUACGCAGCUUAGAAGGUCGAGCAUUACAAGCAUUAGCACCACAAAUAAAGCAGCCUACAACAACUUCGUGUCCGAAGUGGUGGCCUUUGCCUGAGUGUUCACCGCGGUUAUUUGCGCUAUUAAUUUUGUGGCCCUUUGUAGCACACUUUUUUAUAUCUGUUACACAACGUUAUCGUCAGCGGAGACUGUGAUUGAAAUGUUAUUGUUGUUUUAUUCAAAGUAUAUUCCAUUACUUAUCGUUAGGUAACAUGGGAUGUAAACAACAGAGGUUCUUAAAUAUUGGCGGGUAGAGAUGUUUUUUAUGAGAUAUAUCCCGAAAUUAAACUUUUACCGUUCAAACGUAAAUUCGACAGAAAAAUAAAGAACAACGUGAUCCCCCUUUUGUAUAGGAAACGAUCACAGUAAAGGAACUAAUUGUAUACAAGUUUUUAAUUUCAUAAGUUGCUUAUAUAUGGCUGCAUAGUGUGUACAGAAAGAUUAACUUAAUUACUCUCUGUAUGUUUAUAAGAUAAAAUAGUUGAAUUAAUCUGGUAUCUAAGGUGACUUAUAUGUAUUAUAAAUAGUUAUUACAUAUUCAUAUAUUGUAAUAUAGAAACAAAGAUUAUAUACGAAUUUUAUAUUGUGAAUUCAGGUUAACGGUGUAAGAUAGAACUAAAUACAACGUGCAAUGUUUUUUAUAUAUAAAGAAAAUUGUAAUCUAUCUAGAAUGGUAUUAUUACCGUUCGCAAUGAUACAAUGAAAUCCUUCCGAUCUUUUUUUCAUAUAAUUUUAAGUUGAAAAUAGGUGUAUUAUCAAGUUUAUGUACAGACGUUGUAUAAAAAUAUACUACAAUUUUUAAUUAUA